AUGGAGUCGGUCCCCUCCCUGCCACCAGGGUGGUACCCCUCCUACGACACUUGCCCGGAGGUGUCGCCGUGGUGUCCUGUUGAGGCGACAACUCUGGGAUAUGCACCGAUCAAAUCGCUACAUAUCUUCUUGGCUGCUGCUUAUGGUGUCCUAGGUGCUGUCACGCUUGGUCUGGGCAUAUUGUACCAGACAUGGGAGUUUUCGCUUGCUGUUGCUGUGGGAUGUUUUCUCGAGUUGAUUGGCUACGUCGGCCGCGCUCGCAUGGGCAUCAACCCAUGGGAUUACGACGCCUUUCGCAUGCAGAUUGUCGCUAUCAUCCUCGGCCCGACUCUCGUUUGCAUCGGCCUGUACCUCACCCUCCGCCACAUUGUCAUCCACCUCAACCGCGACCUCUCUCGCGUCCGGCCUCGCAUCUACCCCACCUUCUUCAUCCCGGCCGACAUCUCCUGUUUAGUUAUCCAGGGCGUGGGAGGUGGUAUUGCUGCUGCUGCUGAGACCCGGUCUCUCCUGAAGCACGGUAAUAACCUCAUCAUGGCGGGUAUCUCACUCCAGGUCGCGGUCCUCGCCUUCUUUGGCAUCGCUGCCUUCGACUACCUCUGGCGCGCUCGCCGUUUCUUUACCUCGUUCCCGUCUAUCCCCUCCUCCGAUCCUGCAACGAACGAAAAACACCGCGCCGGCGCCCUCCUCUGGACAAAUCGCAAGUUCCGCGUCUGGCUCAUCGUCCUAUCCAUCGCCUACGCGGCGCUCAUGGUGCGGUGUAUCUACCGCAUUGCAGAGAUGGCGGGCGGUUGGGGCAACGAAAUCAUGCAAGACGAGCCGUCAUUUAUUGUGCUCGAGUCAUUUAUGGUGCUUGUAGCGUGUAUCUUGUUGACGAUGUUCCCGCCGGGGUAUUUCUUCCCCCAGAUGGGGAGAAGAUGGAGGAGGGGCGGGGGUAGAGAAAGUACUGGGAGCGAGCGGGAAGGGGAGAGUGCGAUGGGGAGUGGGAGUGCGACGGAGGUGGAGGUUGAGGGGAUGGGGGAGAAGGUUUAG